UAUUUUCUUUGGUGAUGCAACUUUAUCGGGGACAUCCUUUGGAAUAUCGAUCAAACAAGAAAAAUUCUGUCUAAAUCAAGUUCUAUACCUACCGUUAAAGUCCAACGUUCAAAUGUUAUGAAAAGUAAAUUUUUUAGAACGUUCAACAAACCGCAAGCGGCGUUUCCAUCGCCUUCCUGGCUAGUGCUGCUACAUAGGAAGGUGAGUGCAUCGGUGAAAGUGCCCCAGCUGCUGUUGCUCUACAAAGCUCCAUAGUGUACCGGGCACAAAUCCAUCGAAAUAAAUAAAUCCUAUCUCUGAGCCGGGGAAUAGAAGUGAGAUAAUGAAAUUGUGCAACUUUGUUGUUAUAAUACAUAAAGCCAAACUGAUAAUUGAUGCAAUGAAAUGAAAAGAAGAAGAGGAUCGCGAACGAAAAUACCGGUUCAAUAAAUAAUGCCGCUCCUGUGUGCGAGCGCGAGCAACAGCAGCCCCACAGCCAGAGCCAGAGCUGGUUUUGCCGCUGUUCAUUCGCCGAUUCGUACACACGAAUAUGACCGUAUCUCUGUAGCCUCUCUACCAAUGUAGGUAGAACUAUCAACAUCAACUGAACUGCUUCAGAUAGAGGAAACCGGAAUCGGAACAAUGCCGUCGCCAUGAAACGUGGCCGUGCGGAAGAAAUCCAAUUCGGGCAGCCACCGCGAGCCGGUGGGACUGCCCCCCAUCAGCGUCUUAUUACGACAACCCAGCCGCACAAUGCUGGACCCACAAUACAGUAUCAGAUAUCGCCGAAUGUUAUCAAGACAACUACGCCGGCUGCCAAUCUGAGUCAAGCCCAGCAGGCUCAACCGCAGACAGUAUCAGCCCAACAAGCACAACAACAGCAACAGCAGCAGGUUGUUUCCCAGCAGGCUGCCCCGUCCCAGCAGCAGCAACAACAGCAGCAGACCAGCGUUCAAUACACCACAACUUCGUACACAACGAACAUUGGCAAUACGAACCUGGUCAAAACGACAGGCCACACUCAACCGUCGGUACCGCAGUCAACCCAACAAAUUCACGUAGUGAACACGACCAAUCAGGUCCGUGGCAGUCAUAAGGGAGCGACGAAUGUAACUACCGGCACCGGACAGGUCCUAACCACGAUGCCCACGAAUGUUAUUCCGACAUCCCAACCGCAGCCGCCACCGCCGCCUCCCCAGGGGCAGGCCCAGUUCCAGCGGCUGAAGGUCGAGGAUGCGCUCAGCUAUCUGGACCAAGUGAAAUUUCGCUUCGGCAAUCAACCCCAAGUCUACAACGAUUUCCUCGACAUCAUGAAGGAAUUUAAAUCUCAAAGCAUCGACACGCCGGGUGUGAUCAAGCGAGUGUCGAACCUGUUCAAAGGCCAUCCCGAGUUGAUUGUCGGCUUCAAUACAUUCUUGCCGCCAGGCUACAAAAUCGAAGUUCAAGCCAACGAUCAAGGGUACGCCUUUCAAGUAUCCGUUUCGGUGCCAUCGACAUCCGUCGGAACGGCUGUUGCUCCGCAACCAUCACCGCACGAGUACAGCACCAUUUUCCAGGGUUGCGGUCAAAUAGUGCAAACCGGCAACACGGCAGUCAAUUUGAUGACCUACGGGAGUCACACAACGGGAUCGGCACACACAACGACCAUCCAACCAGCCGGCACCGGAGCACCGGUUUCGCAAAAUUCCAACGUAAGCAGUAUUUCUACGAUUCCUCAGUCGCCGCAAAAUUUCUCCAGAGACCGAGAGCGAACGAUUUCCGGUGGAAGCAGUGGACCAACGCUGCCUCCAAGCAGCAGUGGAUCCGUCACUUCCGUUACGGCGGAUCCCAGCGCAAUGACCGGCGGCCAGCAGCAAAAUCUCCACCGCAUGAUCUCCCAACAGGUGAUAUCCCAUCAACCGCAGCAACCACCUCCGCCCGAACCAUCCCCCGUCGGAAACGCAACGAACCAGCAGCCGAAUCAACCGGUCGAAUUCAACCAUGCCAUCACGUACGUAAACAAAAUCAAACAUCGUUUCCAAACGCAACCGGAAAAGUACAAACGGUUCCUGGAGAUUCUGCACACCUACCAGAAGGAACAGAAAAUCUACAAGGAAGGUCCACCCGGCAGUUGCAACGUGGGUGCCAAACAACUAACCGAAGCCGAGGUUUACACUCAGGUGGCUAAACUGUUCGAUAAUCAAGAAGAUUUGCUGCGUGAAUUCGGUCAAUUCCUGCCGGAUGCGACAAGCCAUGCACCGCUGCACGUUAAUAAGAAUCACACCAUGCAUGAACCGGUGCAACCUCCCCCGUCGCAGCAGACUCACGGCAAGAAAAUGUCCGGCAGCAUGAUGAGUGCCAACGUUAAAGCUUUCAACAGUUCGCAUCAGGCGAACCUGGCCCGCUUACAGGAACGAGAUUAUGGUCCGAGUGAGAAAGAUUACGCUACCGGUGGACCUGUUGGAGCCGGUGGUGCCCGAGGGGGCAGUGUUGGGCUGGAAAAGGAACCCCGCAAUCACGUUAGCAAUCAAAAGUACGCCCACAACGCGUCUGGAAUGGGUCACGGUGGUCAGGGCGGUGCCGGUGCCGUGAAAAGGUCACCGUCGUCCUACUCGCCAAUGGGAGCGCUCGGGCAUAACAUGUCCUCACGGGAUCGCGAUGGUCCACCGAUCAAACGACACAAACCGAUUUGUCGCGACAUUACACUGGCCGAAGCGUCGAAGUUCGGAACGUUGAAUGAUUACGCAUUUUUCGACAAGGUACGGAAAGCGCUACGAAGUCCGGACGUGUAUGAGAACUUUUUGCGCUGCUUGACGCUGUUCAAUCAGGAGAUCGUUUCGAAGUCGGAGCUGCAAACGCUGGUUACGCCGUUUCUCAGCCGGUUUCCGGAUUUGCUUAAAUGGUUCCAAGAUUUCCUCGGACCUUCGACGGUUGCGGAGUGUGUGCCGUUAGCUUCGGCACAGCGACAAGAUCGCUCGCAAAGUGAACUGGCAACCGACAUUGAUCUGUCGACUUGCAAACGUCUCGGUGCCAGCUACUGUGCUCUUCCGAAGUCUCACGAAAACGUAAAGUGUUCCGGUCGUACUAAUCUGUGCAAAGAUGUGCUGAACGACACGUGGGUAUCGUUCCCAACGUGGGCGGAGGAUUCCACCUUCGUCACGUCGCGGAAAACGCAAUACGAAGAGUUCAUCUAUCGCUGCGAGGAUGAACGCUUCGAGCUGGACGUGGUGAUAGAAACCAACAGUGCAACGAUACGGGUGCUCGAGGGUGUCCAGAAGAAGCUCAGCCGGAUGUCACCGGACGAGGUUAGCCGGUUCCGGCUGGAUGAAUGUCUCGGUGGAACGUCGCCCACGAUACACCAGCGGGCACUGAAGCGGAUCUACGGUGAUAAGGCGGCCGACAUCAUCCAGGGGCUGCGGAAGAAUCCGGCCGUGGCUGUUCCGGUCGUGCUGCGACGGUUAAAAACCAAGGAGGAGGAAUGGCGCGAAGCGCAAAAGGGAUUCAACAAGCAAUGGCGUGAACAGAACGAAAAGUACUAUCUCAAAUCGCUGGACCACCAGGGAAUUAACUUUAAGCAGAAUGACAUCAAAGCGCUUCGAUCGAAAAGCUUAUUCAAUGAAAUUGAAACUCUUUUUGAUGAGGUGGGUUAUAUGAAGCGCCACGAUCAGAAUGAGGGUGGUUCCAGCGCCAAUCCGCUUACCAGCGGACCGCAUUUGAUUAUCCCCUACAAGGACAAAACUAUACUGGAUGAUGCCGCGAAUCUGCUGAUUCAUCACGUGAAGCGGCAAACGGGCAUCCAAAAGCAGGAAAAGGGCCGCAUAAAGCACAUACUGCGACAGUUUGUGCCGGAUCUGUUCUUCGCUCCUCGUCAGCAGCUCAGCGAUGAUGAGCGGGAAGAAGAUAUGGACGUUGAUCAAGAGAACGAAGAAGAAGGUAAAACAACAGCGAAAAAUGGCAAUAAAAAUAACGGAAACACUGGUCGGAAUAGUCCUGCCAGUGGAAACGGAAGCGGCAGUAGUUCGGCUGACCAGAACAAAGACGCUGCUGGUUCAAAAGUAAAGGAGGAAGUCCCAGAUAGUACAAGUGCGACAAUGGGUGCCAGCAAAGUAUCCCCAACUGCUGCUGCUGCAAGCAGUAGUGGUACAUCCGAAAGUAGUACAGCAGGAGCACCUGUCGGAUCGACGGCUGCUGCUAGUAGUACGGGUGCCAGUAGUCCAACUACAACACCCGCCGUUGUAGGCGCUGGUGCUGCUACUGCUCCCAUUGGUAGCGGUAUCGGCGGUGACUCCAGUAUAGGUGCAAAACGCGAAUCGACCGAGGAUAACAGUAGUGGUAAAGACAAUUCAUCCAUCGAUGAUGCCAUCAAGAUGGAAAUCAAGCAGGAGAACGAUGCGGAUCCAGCCGGGAUGGCGGGUUCGUCAGCGACAGGUGGCGCUGGUGCUGCUGCAGCGUCACAAGCCGCCGCCGGUCAGUCGUCGUCAUCGCAAGCGUGCGGCGCGAAUCCACCGCCACUACCAGCGCAUGCCAUCAGUAAACAUUUGGAAGAAGCAUACACCCUUUUCUUCACCAACAACAACUGGUACCUAUUCCUGCGGUUACACGCGAUCCUGUGCGAACGGUUACGAACCAUCUACGAGCGGGCACAGAUCAUUGCCACCGAGGAGCGUGCCUAUCAGAGCACGCGCACCAACAGCACGGCAACCGCGCUGCGGCUGAAACCGAAGAGCGACAUCAAGGUCGAAGAAUUCUACAUCACCUUCCUGGAGAUGCUGAAGAACGUCCUGGACGGCAACAUGGAGGCCGGCAAUUACGAGGACUCCCUGCGGGAGAUGUUUGGCAUUCAUGCCUACAUUGCAUUUACUCUCGAUAGGGUUGUGCAAAAUGCAGUACGUCAAUUGCAGCACUGCGUUACGGAACGUGGUGCGCUCGAAUGUGUAGAAUUGUUCCUUCUGGAGCAGCGUAAAGGUGGUGCGGGUGGACUCUGCCGCACCGCCAAUCGGCGGGUAGCCAACGAGUUGGCCUACCAGCGAAAGGCCGAGUCCGCUCUGCAUGAAGAAAAUUGCUUCAAAGUUUACAUUUACAAAAUCGACUGUCGGGUAACGAUAGAACUGCUGGACACGGAAAGUGACGAUACGGCGCAGAACUUUAAGAACGCGCAAAAUUUCAGCAAUUACGUCGAUCGGCUGGCGAAUCCGGCCGCCGUCGGAACCGGCAGCGAAAGCGGUGCCAGUCUGAAUGUGGAGAUUAAGACGGAAAAACCGGACGAUGAGCUGAACUUCGCCGGUGGUCCCCGGAAAGCCCUGUUCCUGCAGCGAAAUCUUCGCAGAUGUAAACCCGAUUCCGCCACUGCGGCGGAAGCGUUGCAAACGGCUGCGGCACCGAACGCCGCAACCUCCACGGAUUCCACAACAACGGUGGACAGUAGUGGCAGCGGCACAGAUCGGGAUACUAAAUCUCCUCUGGUCAGUGGGGGAACGACAACCGUCGGUCCGAAAAAUAACAACACCGUUGCCGGUGCCUCCGCCUCCGCCAGCGAGGUCGGCACCAAUAAUAACAACAACAACAAUAAUAACACCAGUAAAAAAGCCGGCGAAGACGCCGCCAUCGUUGCGAUCUGGAACAGUAAGAAUAAGACACCGCCGGAACGGUUACCCAGCAGCAAUGGGGACCAGAAUUACUACGUCGACGAUCGGGAGCAGUUCAGAUUGAACGUCAACAACUACAAGAUCAGCUACGUACAAAACAAGGAUCGCAUCUUCUACAAACGCAAAUCGUUACUGCGGGCGAGACAGACCCACCCGGCGGUAACGAAAACCAUGCACCAGCGCUUCGACGCGUUCGUCCAGCGGUGGCUGGAUCGGAACGUUAGCGAGGCCCAGCGCAGUCAGUGCAACGAUUGGCUGCUCGGGGGCUCGCGCUUCGAUCUGGUAAAGAAUGUGACCGUGAUUCAGCAAACCAACGACACCAGUCGGACGCCAUACAUGCCGUACAAUCGUUACAAGGUGGUGGAAAAAGCGACCGACCAUCUGGGCUGCUAAAUCCAAUCCUACCGUACCGCCUUCCGAGACACAACUACCUAAUGGGGUGGUAGUGGAGAAGGUAAGUAAAAAAACAGUACAAGUUCCCUUGUACUACUACUACUACGGAGAACACCAUACAAACAACUAUGAGAAGAAAGUAUUACAAUGCAGAAAAAUACUUUGCCGCGAUUUGUGCGUUUGCUUCUGACGGCCAGCCCCCCACCCCCCCAGUACAGCGUAGACCGUUGUACGGAACAGGCCUCCGAAGUGAACGUUUCCUUUAUUUUCUUUUUUGUUUUAAAAGAAAAUCGUUUUAUUAUCGAUCUUCCCUUUUCUUUUAUUGAAUUGAUUACUAUGUAAGCAGAGUUUUAACCUUUAUGAAAAAGAAAAAUACAAAAAACUAAUCAACCUGUACAAUUGAAGUAAAUUACUAGUGGGUUUUGAAAAUCGAUAAGAGUUGAACUAUUGAUAAAAAAAAAGUAAUAAUUAUAUUCUAGACAUUAGUACUGAAUAGAGAGAACUGUUUUUCAUUACGCUAUUUGAUGAGCUCGUUAAAUAGAAUUAGCCACUUCCGUUGUGUGUUGUACAUUUACUAGUAAACAGAUAAGAAGGUAAUAAAUUACCCGAACGGGUAAACGUAGCAAGCAGCAGUAGAUUCUGUUAGAGAGUAAGACAAAUCGGUCCAAUCCAAACCGCCGUGUGCAUCAUCGUAGACAUUUCCGAACGGAACAGUUCCGAUGGCGAUGGGGCACAGUCGGAAAAACACAAGCGGAAAAUAAGCAAAAAUCUCAUUCAUACAUCAUAAACAAACAAAUUACUUUUACUUGUCCCCCGAGCAACUAUUUUCCUUUUUCUAGUGGUUAGGUAAAGUAAAAACAAAACAACACAAGUAUAAUAUUAGGAGUAGUAAACGAUAAGAGUUAAAAUAUUUUCCCCUGUGAAUACAACAACUACUACAGUAAUGUGAAUAUUUAAAAGGCAAAAAACUGCAUCAAUAAAUGUAAA